GACGCUCCUCUGCUUCUGCUUCAGCAGCUGCCGCUGUCAGUCCUCGCUCGCGAGCGAGGGCCAUAUCUGCGUUCCCUCGGAGAAGCGUGGUCGUAGUCGGUCCGAGCCCAUCCCAUCGGCGAUCGGGCGAGGAUCCGCUGCCCCCUGGAGACACAAAUGUGACCCUCCGGCCACUCCUCGAGAGCCGGACCCGACCUCGUUAUGGGCUCUGCCUUCGAUGCGGAUAGAAAUAGAGCGCGGCGCACGAGAAGCGGAACGCUGGCUCUGCCGAAUUUUGCGACGUGCAUCGGCGCUCGUCGGCCGAGUGCAUUCGCCUAACGGAUUGCGCUCGCUCGCGGCUGCUUCUCGUACGACGACGACGACGACACCGAUCGGGCGAGUGACAGAGCCGGACAUGACCGGGCACAGAUCGUCACCACCGACUUCGAUCACGAAGCUCGGAAUAAUGAUGGGCGGAGGACUGGACUAGCACUGAGCCCGUGCGGGUCGUAGUAGACUCGGGUCGACGACAUUCGGAAGCAGGCGAGCAGUAGGCCGUAUAGACCAGAAGACUCGGCGGGGAAAUGCCGCCGCUACACAAAGAGCUGAUGAAUGAGGACCUCGAGGAGAAUCCCGUAAUGUACCUGGAUGGCGGGAUGGAAACCACCCUGGAUUUGCAGGGCAAGCCCACCGAUAGGACUCGUUCCGGCCGAUGGAAGGCCUGCUCUUUUCUUUUCGCCUACGAAGCGCUGGAGCGAAUGGCGUGGCUCAUGUUGGCCAGCAAUCUCGUGAAUUACCUGCAGGAGUCCAUGAGAGACAGCCAGAAGGUCGCGACGCGCAGCGUCACGAACUGGGUCGGCGUCUCGCACGUCACGUCGCUCUUCGGCGGGUACCUGGCGGACGCGUACCUGGGGCGCUUCUGGACGAUCUGCGUCUUCUCGGGCGUCUACCUCGUGGGGCUGCUGAUGAUGACGAUGUCCGUGUCGAUCCCCGCUCUGAAGCCCGAGACGUGCGUCGACUCGUCGUGCGCCGACCCGACGUCGGCGCAGGUGGGCGUGUUCUACUCGGCGCUGUACGUGGUGGCCUUGGGGACGGGUGGAGUGUGGCCUUGCAUUUCGGCCUUCGGCGCGGACCAGUUCGAGGACCGCGAGGCGAGCGAGAAGAGCAUGCGCAACUCCUACUUCAACUGGUUCUUCCUGACCGGCGCCGUGGGCUCCCUGACGUCGCACACGGUGCUGGUGUACGCGCAGAACAACGUGAACGACCAGUGGCGCUUCGGCGUGCCCACCAUCAGCCUCUCGUCGGCGCUCUGCGUCUUCCUCUUCGGCGUCUCGCUCUACCGCUUCAAGCAGCCCAAGGGCAACCCGCUCGUCAAGCUGGCGCAGGUCAUCGUCGCGGCCUUCCGCAAGCGCCGCGUCCUCCUUCCGCUCGACGACUCCCGCCUUUACGAGGAGCGCGACCUCAGCAAGCACAAGCUCGCCUGGUCCGACGCCGUCGCCCCGUCGCCUCCUCCUCCUUCCUCCAGCCGUAAACUCUGCCACACCAGCAGCUUCCGAUGUCUGGACAAGGCGGCGGUGAUCGACACCAUUCGGAUCGUGGACGGGACGGCGAGGAUUCCGCUGAGCAGGUGGAGGCUGUGCCCGGUGACGCAGGUGGAGGAGCUGAAGAUGGUACUGCGCAUGGCGCCGGUGUGGAUGGGGACGCUUAUGUUCAACGUGGUGAAGGCGCAGGUGCCGACGCUGUUCGUGCAGCAGGGGCAGGCCAUGGACCGGCGCGUGCCGGGCUCGGACCUCUGGGUGCCGGCCGUGUCGAUGCAGAGCGCCGUGGCGCUGACCGUGCUCUUCAGCAUCCCGAUCUACGACCUGGUGCUGGUGCCGCUGGCCAAGCGCUACUCGGGCAACGAGCGCGGGCUGUCGCUGCUGCAGCGCAUGGGCUGCGGCAUGCUGCUCUCCGUCGCGGCCAUGGUGGCAGCGGCGCUGGUCGAGACGCGGAGGCUGGAGGCGGCGGCGCGGCGCGGCGCGCGCCCGCUGUCGAUCUUCUGGCUGCUGCCGCAGUUCGUCCUCGAGGGCCUGGGCGAGGUGUUCACGUCCGUCGGGCAGCUCGAGUUCUUCUACGACCAGGCGCCCGACGGCAUGCGCACCUUGGGCGCGGCGCUCUUCGUGUCCAACUUCGGCGCGGCCGUCUUCUUCGACUCGCUGCUCACGACUCUCGUCGACCACAUCACCGGCGACAGCCGGUGGAUCCACUCCGGCGACCUGAACGGCGGCCAUCUGAAUUACUACUACUGGCUGCUGGCCGCCAUGGCUUCCGUGAAUCUGGUUCUGUACAUGCUGUCCGCCAUCUGCUAUCGGUACAAGAAGGUCGACACGAGCUGCCCGUCCAUGGACUCGCGCUCCUUCGAGUGGAAUGCGUCGGAGCUCGGUCUCAUGCAGAAGCCGACGCUGUUCAAUCACAUUCAGGCCUUGAAGGUGGCCGAUCUGCAGUCGCCUGGCAAGUCCCCAUUGAAGGUCCUCGCCUCGUGACACCCCUGCAGCCAGCUCAGAUCACUCCGUCUGCAGUAUAUGUAUAUACUUCACCACCACCAUCAUCAUCGUCGUCGUCGUCUUCGUGUCCCCGAGUAUUCGAUGACUCGCAACAGAGUCAACCAGGUACAGUUUGGAAUCAGCGCUUUCAUCGCUCGACGUGAUCGAUCCAUCUCCGCCUGCAUCACCCGCGGCGGUCGAGAGAUUCACUGACCUGUCGUAGGCCAGAAUUCAUUUUUUAGAUGCACAGUCCGUUAUUCCGUUAGUCCGUCAGAUCGUAGUGAGACAUAGGGUGACCAUUUUUUGAAGUGCAUUCAUAGUACAUAAACAUCACAAUUUCCGGCCCCGUUGCACGGGCCGGUGACAUGAGAUUAUACAAUUAUCCAACAUUUGCUGCUCCGAAAAUUCUUCGAAAACAUUCACUCUGAUCCAGUAGGAGCGCCGCGGCUACCUACACCAUAAUUCGCUAAUAAAAGCCCGAUGAAUAAGAAGCUGAACUUCAUUCCAGUUCACCAACUGUCUCGUUCUCUUCUCGUACCCAACACUUUCUCGAGGUCCCAAUUGGGGAGUUUCUCGUAGCCGGUCACCGGCGACGACGUAAAUAUUGUAUAUUUCUUGUAUAUUCGUUUCCUUACAGGCUCCUCGUCGCUGGAUCUGAUUGUUACACAAACUUCCCCCGAUUCCGGAGUGAGUCUGAGAAUCGAUGCGCUGUCGAACAGAUCGAUCAUCUGAACAGCGUAAGAUUUUUCUGCCACGGCGGCGGAUGAGCUGACGGCGUGUGAUUUUAAAGGCUUCCAUUGUCUUCGACUCGCCAGCAGCAGCAGCUGCACAAACCGAUCUCGUGCAGAGGGUCACUAGGACCUAUCUGCUCGCCACUGAUUCAGUCUUCGGCCCCAUUCUGCUUUCGGAUCAGUACGUGCGCCUGUCGGUUUCCUGCGGAACCGGUUCUCUCGUCUUACAGGGCCAACAGAUUCACAUGCAGGCAGGCGAAGACGGCGAUUCCGGAUGAGCUUCGUGCUGGAUGCCGAACGAGGUUCGAGGUAGAUUCUGUUGCACAGUCUUCUUCUCGUCCUGUAGGAACCAGAUUUUUUCCUAAGACCUCGGCGAACCAGGUGAAGGAGAGACCUGAAGAAGGAGCUGACGGAGCGGAGUCCUAUCCGGUGAUUUGCAGCUUGCUUCCGACGUGAUUAUCGUACGCUGUUCACCGGAGCGAAUGCAUGCAUGAUUGGACCGCCAGGGUCCCGUCGAUGAAAGAUUGAUUGAUUGUCAUGUGACUUCAAAUGUUCAUGCAUGAGUAUGAACAUGAGCGUAGAGCGUUAUCCACCGACUACUGAAUGGGAUACGUCUCUCACUCCAGCACCUCUGACGGUGUUCAGAGCGAAGACAAUGGAACUGGACCAAUUCCAGUGGCGGAAUCUGCAAGUUUGUGCAAAAUCUCAAGCCUAGAGAGGUUGAAGCAGGCUGGACGAGUUCGACCUGAUCCAACAUGGUCUGACAGAGGAAGUGGCUGCUAACAAUAUCAAACAGGUGGGAGGGAGCACUGGCCUCCAACGUAAGGGAUUUAGUUCACCAGAGUGAUCUCGUCUUGAUUAAGCGCAGCUGACGGUAGUCGAGGGUUAAGCAAGGACCAGUUCAUUGAGCUCCGAAAGUGGAUGUUUGACCUGGAUGAAGUCUAGAUUGUGCAGGAGUUUACUAUGACGACAAUACGAUCUGAUCUGAGGUCUGACCUUUAGAUCCAAGGACAGUCCGGAUGAAAUAUUCCUAGCAACAAAAGUCGCUGACUGAAGUGUUGUUCGACAGAAUGAUUGCUCAAUGCUUCUGAACCGCAAUCAUUGAGGGAAAGUGGUGGAAUCGUUUGGUCUGUCCAGUUCUUUCGGCAGAUGGACGUCAAGACUUUCGUGAGUUCAGAGAGGAUGCCCCUUCUUCUCGGUGGUGCUUGUGCCCAGGAGGCAUCUUUCACCAGGAAACACGAUUCUCAGAGAUGAUUGGCAGCCAUUGAUAGAGUGUAGACACCAAAAGCACCUGGCGUGUUUUUUGAUGCCACCGAGAUCAGGUCUCGCAUCGGAUUCCAUCCUCCGUUAAAACGAGGAUCAAGUGCAUGUAAAGAGGAGGAACAAAAAGCCACGUGAAAAUGGAAGGGCCACCUCCUUUCCUUGACAGCGAGGAAAACAUUAAACUUGGCGGACCGAAGUGCAUGCCUCGGCUUACAUCGUCAAAUAAGUGUACAAAUUUCCUCGUGGGAAUCAAAACUUGGAGCAUCCAAAACAUUUCAAAUCGAUCGAAAACAGCUCCAUUUACACU